UUAAAAGUCGGCAAUUUACUCCAAAUCCUCACUGUCACAAAAUCAAAAGAUCCAUUUCUUGAUUCAAGAAAAUGACCGUCGAGAAACCACAAGAAAUGACCGGCGAUACCAACUCCGGUGGAUACGUAACUCACAAAGACGUCCACAGAAUAAAGCAUCCAUCGAUAGAUACCAAUGAUAGUUCUUCGAGCCGAUACUCCGUCGACUCUCAGAAACCGAGAAUCGGACCACCGCCUGGGACUUACAUCAUCAACCUCCCUAAGGAUCAGAUCUACCGCGUUCCUCCGCCGGAAAAUGCUCGCCGUUACGAGAAUCUCUCUCGCCGGAAAACAAAUCAAUCGAAUUGCCGGCGAUGUUUCUGUCAUUUCCUCGCUGCUUUACUUAUCCUUCUCUUCCUCGCAGCUCUCGCCGUCGGAAUCCUCUACCUCGUAUACCAGCCGCAUAAGCCAAGAUUCUCCGUGAGUGGAGUCUCCGUCACCGGAAUCAAUCUGACGUCAUCUUCUCCAUUAUCUCCGGUGAUCGGAAUCAAGGUGCGAUCUCAGAACGUUAACGAGAAACUCGGUUUGAUAUACGAGAAAGGAAAUGAGGCUGACGUUUUUUACGGCGGAAUCAAACUUGGUAACGGUAAGUUCACGGCGUUUAAGCAGCCGGCGGAUAAUGUGACGGUGAUCGUGACGGUGUUAAAGGGAUCGAGUAUUCAGUUAACGAGCUCGUCGCGUAAAGAGUUAACGGAAUCGCAGAAGAAAGGAAAAGUGCCGUUUGGUCUCAGAAUGAAAGCGCCGGUUCAGUUUAAGGUUGGCGAGGUUACGACGUGGACGAUGACCGUGACGGUGGAUUGCAAAAUAAAAGUGGAUAAGUUAACGGCAUCAGCAACUGUGAUCACGGAAAAUUGCGAUACGGGCUUGAGCCUGUUGUGAAUUAUGAGCUAGUUUUGUUUAUGCCUAUUGAUGGGCUUUUUCAGAGUUUGGUUCGGUUCGAAUUAUGUUAUUUUUAGUUUGUUUCAUUUAUUUUGAACUAGAAUUGAGAUUUGCACUGUUCAAAAUGGAAGUUUGAUUUUUAGUUCUACUGCAUUUGGAAAAAAGAAAUAUAUUGACUUAAACAUU